AAUGAUGAAGUAGUGGUGAGGAAAAGGGGACGUGUGCCAGUGCUCAUGCGUUUCCUGAACACACAUGAAGGAUCUGAUCUAAACUGAUAGCAGGGUGUGCAGGACAACCGCACAGCAAUGGACAUAGGCUACUGUAAAAUUCAAUGAAAGGAAAUGGGCGUUUCUGGAGUUCACCCCACAAAAGGGAGUAGAGACUUGGAUAAACGCUGGUCUACAUAACAUUUUCCUUCUGAACUUGGAUUACUUUUGGUGCUGUUUUGCAGUAUGGCAUCCCUCCUGAUAUUUAUCACUCUACUUCAUCUUACUAUACUUACAGUUUUAUUUAUUGCCACCAUGGAGAAGUUCUGGUGGGUUUGGGACAAUAAUGAGAGCGCAGACCUGUGGCACAACUGCAGAUUUACCAAUGAAACAGAGGGUUUGGUCUGUGAAUCAUCACAUGAGACUGAAUGGCUUCAUGCUGUCCAGGUUCUGAUGAUCCUGGCCGUGAUCUUCUCCUCCAUUUCAUUCCUCAUAUUUCUGGCUCAACUCUUCACCAUGUCUAAAGGAGGACUCUUCUACUUCACUGGUGUCUGUCAGGCAUUUGCAGGUCUAAACGACUUUACUGCCGCACUUAUUUACACUCUGCACUAUAAAGAAAUCAUUAAGGGCUCCAGGGAUUUCAGCUCAGGACACUUUGGGUUCUGCUUUAUUUUGUCCUGGGUUUGUGCACCUUUGCUUCUGUGCAGUGGAAUUAUGUACAUCCAUCUGCGCAAAAGGGAAUAGAGGAUUUGUUUCCCAAAUGCAAUUGUUAUUGAAACUUCAGUGAGUGAUUAUAAACCUUAUAAUAACUCCAUGUAAUAAAUAAUUUUUUUCCCACUUAUUUAGACUGUAAUUAGCCACAUAAAUAUUCAAUGCUGAAAUAUAUACAUUACACAACACAGAUCAUGCACAGCACAGAACUUGUUUAACUAAUAUCAGGGUUCCCACACCUUAGUUAACUUCAAAUUCAAGGACCUUUCAAGGACUUUCCAGGUCCAAUACCCUGAAAUUCAAGGACUAAAUAUGGGGACCCAUAUCAAGUGAGAGCAAGGUUACAUCGUGUUACAUUUAAAGAUACAUUGUUACAGUUCCCUUGCGAGGGAACUCGCGCUGCGUCACUGCGGUGACACUUUGGGGACGCCUCCAGGGGUAAGUGCGUCUGAAUGUGUAUAUCAAAUUCAACCAAUGGUGAGGCUUAACAACAAAGACAGGGUGAUGCGGGAGCCAGGAAGUAUAUCGCUAUCUGAAAUAUUGCCAAAGAUGGCGUUACAAGGACGCAGGAAGUAUGGCAAGGAAGACGCAGCAUCUCGUUCCCUUCUCAGGGAACAACAGUUAUAUACCUAACCCGAGACGUUUUCAUGUGCCAAACACAACUAUGCCAAAAAGCACAACAUUCGCAUAUAGAAGAUAUAAGCAUUUAAAGUGAACAGUUUAGCACGUGUGCUUAAAAAGUCUAAAAAUUGUAUGAUAUUAUCCUACACUACACAGGGAACAAUAUGGAUUUUUUUCCCAGAAAACUUCUUGCAUAAAAUAGAUUCAAGCACUUUCAAUGACCUGUAUAUAUGCAUGUAUAUUUUCAAAAACUUCCCAGGGCCUUGAAUUUUUUCCCCAGAUUCACAAACUUUCAAGGACCCGUGGGAACCCUGUAAUAUAUUAGAUUAGUUUAAUUAAAUGUCAUUUUAAGGCAGGAUAG